GAAAUUCAAAUAAGUCACAGGCUUCAUACUUACUAUUAGCCUUUCCAUUGAGAGUGGACUUGAAGCGGAUUAGCUCCUUAUUUCUUUGCUUUUCUGCUUUCAGAAUGUCGACGGAAGAGGAAGUGGUAUAUUUCGAAGACGUUGACCGUCGUUCAAAUGUAGCGGUGUCCAGGUCUGUUGCUGUCGACAAAACCGAGGUCGCGAUUCAAGUGACCGCGUCAAAACCUGCCGCAACUGCGGUGAAGCGUCAGCGGACGCUUGUGGAUAUGUUCUCAACUUCAAACUCUCAGCCUAACUCAAAACGGCUUAAGACUUCUGUAUCUUCGUCUGUGGAGUCAUCCAGUCCUUCGCGCUCUAGUGCAUCUGUAUUUGGAAUCCAAAAGCUCAACUCUAUCCCAUUCUCCUUGAAAGCUUUCCAAGACUCUUUAAAUGAAGAGCAAGCUAGGCUUCUUCGCCUUGAAUGCGCCGUCAUGGGAAAGAGCUGGUUAAAAGUUCUGAAAGAUGAAAUCAAACAGCCUUAUUUCAUUGCUCUCAAACGUUUCCUUUGGGAUCAAGGUGUUCGAGAACCCCAGUAUUCACCUCAACCAUUAAAAGUAUAUCCUUCUCCCAAAGAUAUCUACUCGUGGUCAGAAACACCGCUGGGUAAAGUCAAAGUUGUGAUAAUAGGACAAGAUCCAUAUCCAGGCCCCAAUCAAGCGCAUGGCCUUUGCUUCUCUGUUCGUUUGGGAGUCCCAAUACCUCCAUCUUUAAUUAACAUCUAUGCAGAAAUAAAGAACGAGUAUCCGGAAUUCGAACCACCUAAACAUGGAAAUCUGGCCUCAUGGGCCUCCGCUGGAGUGCUUAUGCUCAACUCAUCUCUGACAGUCGAAGCGCGGAAACCCAAUUCUCACUCAGAUAAGGGUUGGGAACGAUUUACAGACAAGGUCAUUGAUGUGGUGGAUAGAUGGGGCGGUGCAUCAAUUAAAAUUGGCUCGUCUGGAGAGGCAAGUGGGGUCGGCCGUGGAGUUGUCUUCCUUGCUUGGGGAGCUUUCGCAGAAAAACGAGUAGCCCGUUUGAACAAGGACAAGCAUCUGAUCUUGAAAAGCUCUCAUCCUUCGCCAAAAUCAGCGCAUCGCGGAUUUUUGGGCAAUGGCCAUUUCAAGGCUGCUAAUAGUUGGUUGGAAGAGAAAUAUGGGCCGGAAGGUCCCGUCGACUGGUGUCGUUUCGAUGCUUGAAUCUGGAAGAGCCAAAAGGUCAACGUGAAAACAUAUUGUAUAUAAUUGUAUGCUGUCUGCUGGUGCGUCUCCUCGCACCACAUAAUACAUAAUGUCUCCCUGUAAAUUGAGUUCCACUCAUGGUUUACGCCACUUGCGUGAAUACUGUAGAUACUGG